AAUUCUUGGCCCCGAACUUCGAACCUUGAAAGUUUUUCAAAAAACCUCCUGAUUUUGAUUUAUUUACACAUUUUGGCAUUAUACUACAGUUUGUCAACCCUUAAAAUUACAAAAUCCAAUCCAACACUCCAACUCUUCUCAUCUCUCUCUACAACACAAGAUGGUCAAACGAGAAUCGUGUAGAAGAUCAACCAUUCGAUCUCAUCCAUCGUCUAAACCUUCGAGUUCUAAUCAGAUCAAUGAACCUCGUAGGGUAAGUAAAGGUAGAGCUCGUACUAGAGCUAGUGGUCUAAAGUUAAUUCAAGAUCCAAAAGAUGAUGACAAACUUUUAAAAGAACAAUUAGGAAAGAUGGGAUUAUAUUUAAGUAAUACGAUGGGAGAUGGAAAUUGUUUGUUUAGAGCACUUUCAGAUCAAAGUUUUGGUCAUGAAGACUUACAUGAUCGAAUUCGACAAGAAGUUUGUGAUUAUCUUGAAAGGAAUGUUGAAAAGUAUAAAGAUUUUGUUGAUACGGAUGAAGAAGAGAGUUGGGAGACACGGUUGAUGGAGAUGAGAAAGUUAGGAACUUAUGGUGGUCAUCUUGAACUUUCUGCAUUUGCUAAUCUUCAUCAAAGACCUAUUAAAGUCAUUCAACCUGGUAUGAUUUAUAUUAUUGGUUAUGAAGAUCAAUCAGCUUCUUCUGUGACAUCCAAGAAUGGCAAAGGGAAAGCUAGACAUGUAGAAUCGGAUGGUUCAUCUACUUCGACUCCAUUGUACAUCGUUUAUCAUCAAUGGGAGCAUUACAGUAGUGUACGUAACUUGGCUGGACCUCAUUCUGGACCACCUCAGAUCCGAGAAAACCUUCGACCAUCCUCUACAUCACCCAAAGAAGAAACCCACUUUAACUCUUCACAUGAUCCUACUCAAUUAUCUACCGAAUUAAACUUAUUGAGAAAAUCAUUACCAGAAGAAGUGAGUUAUACCAAUCAAGAAUUAAAGGAGAUGAUUAGUCGAACUGGCUCGUGGGAGAAAGCAUUAGAAGAGGUUUUGGAAGAAAGAGUCGAAGAGGAAGAAAGUCAUUCAGAACAAUCGUCUAGUUCACAAGUUCGAGUGAUCAGUUCUUCUACAAGCCAAGAUUUGAAAACGAGUUUAUCGGUCGGAUCAGGUUAUAGAGAACCUACUCCGUCAUCUACAUCAGUGACCACAGCUUCAAGUCCAGCGAAUUCGACGGCUCCUAGUUCGAUUCGAACCAGAUCGAGUUCACAGUUACGGAAACUUUCGAGAUCUCAUUCUAGAUCACCUGAACCAUCUGAUUCGACCGACGAAGGGAUCGGAAGAAGAUUAAGACGUAGAAGAACGAGAUCAUCGAAUCCAGAAGGCUUGAAAGCUCCUCCUAGAUCUUCGGCUAGUCUAAGUAGUAGUGGUGGUAGUCCAUCAGAAGCAUCGAAUUCUUCUGAACACUUCACUUCUCCUGAACUUGAAACCGGUUCAGUUGAUCUCUUAGCUCAUCCAACAGGUUCAGAAAUCUUGGUGAAUGGAGAAGAAAAGAAAUCUCAGAUUAGGAAGUCUAGGUUGUGUAAUAGAUCUAAGGCUAGCUCAUCUCAUUCUCCACUUAGUAAACUGAUGAGUCGAAAAGAAAUCAGACAAGCACAAAAGAAAAUCAACCGGAUCGAUCAAGAUUGGGUAAAUGUGGGUACGGCUGAAAGGUUUGGAAAGAGUGGAAAAGAUGGGGUGGAAACUAUUGGGAUGUUUAGAGAACUUAGGGUUUGA